AUGGUUGCACGUGGUUAUCAACCUGAUGUUUAUACAUACAAUAUGAUAAUAAACGGAAUGUGUAAAUUUGGGAAAACAAACGUGGCUAUUGGGCUGCUAAAGGGAAUGGCUGAUAGAGGUUGUGAGCCAGAUGUUGUGACAUACGGAGCAAUCAUUGACGCCCUUUGCAAGGAUGAGCUAGUUGGUGAGGCUUUAGAGCUCUUCUCUCAAAUGAGGAAUAAGGACAUUUCACCUAAUGUCAUCACUUACACUAGUUUAAUUCAUGGUGGUUGCAAAUUAGGCCAAAAGAACCAAGCUUUGGCCUUGAUGAAUGAAAUGGUGGAGCAGAACAUAUCACCUAAUGUUUAUACCUUCAAUGUAUUGAUUGAUGCCCUUUGUAAGGAUGGAAUGGUUUCAGAGGCACAAAAUACAUUCAAUGUAAUGAUUCAAAGAGGUGUAGAGCCUGAUGUGGUCACCUACAAUUCCUUAAUUGAUGGUCUUUGCAUUUCAGACCAAUUCAAGGAAGCUUUGGCCUUGUUGAAAGAAAUGGUGGGGAGGAACAUAUCCCCUAAUGUUUUUACCUUCAAUAUAUUGAUCGACACUCUUUGUAAGAAAGGACUCGUUUCAAAUGCAGAGAAUAUAAUCAAAAUAAUGAUUCAAAGAGGUGUGGAACCUAAUGUUGUCACUUAUAGUUCAUUGAUGGAUGGAUAUUGUCUGUGCAACCAUAUGGAUAAAGCUAAAAAGUUAUUUGAUCUAAUGGUGACCAAUGAAAUAGCUAACAUUUUUAGCUACACCAUUUUGAUCAAUGGAUAUUGUAAGUACAAAAUGAUAGAUGAUGCAAAGGAUAUUUUUGUUGAAAUGUCUCAUAAAGGUUUAGUUCCUGAUGUUGUUACUUAUUCUACUCUUAUAGAGGGUAUGUUUCAAGCAGGGAGGCCCCAAACUGCACAGGAGCUCUUUAAGGAUAUGUGCUCUCAUGGUCAACAGCCAAAUAUAGUAACCUUCUCAAUUAUGAUUAAUGGCUUGUGUAGUCAGGGGAAUCUCGAUGACGCACUCACCCUAUUGAAAAAAAUGGAGGAAAGUCAGUUAAAGCCUAAUCUUGUGACCUAUUGCAUUCUGAUCAAUGGUAUGUGCAAAGCUGGCAAGAUUAAUGAUGCCAAGGAACUGUUUUCUAGUCUUUUUGAAAAUGGUUUACAACCUGAUGUUUAUGUAUAUAGCGCAAUUAUGAAAGGACUCUUCCAACAAGGAUUAAUGGAUGAAGCCUAUAAGGUAUUUAAAGACAUGGAAAAGGUAGGAUGUUUACCAAAUAAUUGUUGUUAUAAUAUCAUCAUUCAAGGGUUUCUCAAGCAUGAGGAUUUACCAAAAGCAUCAGAACUAAUCAACAAAAUGGUUGAUAAGGGGUUCUCUGCUGAUGUUGCUACCAUGGAAUUGGUAGUACAUUUAUCGCAGAAUAAUGAUCUCAUGGACUAG